CCAUUCGAGGUAGCCAUAUGCACGGUCUACAUCAUGCGCCUGUACGCUUUGUACGGAUGCAAUCGGAGAAUCCUCAUUUUUCUAUGUGUGUACUACGUAGGGGUUCUCACCAGCGAAACUACCAUCAUAAGUAUGGUCGCCCGUGACGCUGUAUUCGUAUCUUUACCAGGUCCCUUACAAGACCUCACGGGCUGCCUCCCAUCGGGCAUCAAACCUUGGGCAUGGACCUUCUGGUUGCCGAUGCUGACAUUCGAAACUCUACUAUUAUGCCUUUCGCUCUUCAGAUCGGCUCAGCUGGUGAUCGAGGACAGGCGUCCUAAGAUUAUAUAUGUCCUGUUGCGAGACUCGGUGGUAUACUUCGGUGGCGUUGUGUUGACCAUUGUUGCAAACGUGGUUGGCUGGAAUGUGGGCGGUGCCGGACUUUUCGCAGCUUUCUUCCCAUUGGCGAUGAUGGCUUUCUCCGUAUUGGGUUCAAGAUUGCUUCUCAACAUGCACGAUGCCGUUGACCCUUCGAACCGAGUCCUACUAGGAACGUACGCUGGUGAUCAGUCUACGAAUAUGGCUGUCGGUCUACCCACCCAUGACACAGCAUCCAUCCAAUUUCGAGGGAAUAGCGCAGUCAACUCGGAGGCCAUAUCAGAUGCAGAUAUUGAGCUUUCCGACUUCUGAAACUCUGGAUGAUGUUGAAUGGCAUCGCUCUCCUCCUGAAACCAUGCAGUUUAUCUCUUCGCAGAUGUUUAAUAUUACUGGCAUCGAUCAAUGUUAUUAGCUUCUCUCGCAAA